AUCCCUUGAAAGUGUUAAGACGGAUAUCUGAGAGUUAAGCACACAGAAAGGUACAUUCUUUCAGGGCCAGUCUUUCACAUGUUUACUUUUUUUCCCCAGUUAAGAGUGAAUUCAGGUUGAAGCAGGAUCUUGUCAAAGAAUUUAGAAUAAUCGAUGCACACAGAUGUUCUUGUAGUUAUUUCAGAACCAUCUUUUUAAAUAUUUGUUAGUGGUUAAAAAUUAAACACAAGCAGAAGGUUGGGGCAUGAAAGAAAAUCUUCUGAAUACACAGAGAAAAACCCUUCACCAUGAAAUCAUUAUCAGUGUUAGCAUUUAUUUCAAGCCUAUCACUUUGUGUUUUUCAACAAAAGCAAGAGACAAAUCUGAUAGAAGAAUGUGUAAGAAAGAGCUAUACCCUGAAUUCUUGUGAGAAAGUGUUUUGCCAGCCAUGGGAGAGGUGUAUGGAUGGCUCCUGUUCCUGUAAGCUACCCUACCAGUGCCCCAAAAAUGGCACAUCCGUUUGUUCUACUGAUAAGAGGACUUUAAAUUACUGCCAGCUAAAGAGCUUGGAAUGUCAACGUAAAAACAGCAGGUUUAUGAACAGAGGACGUUGUAACCCUCAAGACAGUUUUCAAAUUUAUUUGAAGCAUGAAAAUGCAACAUCAAAAGGAAUUAUUCAAGUUGAAGUGAAUCACUCCCCGAAGACAUUUGUAUGUGGAUCUGUAUGGAGUAUGAAUGAAGCAAACGUGGCCUGCAGACACCUUGGUUUUCCAGAAGGGGCUGAUCGGACAGAGGUUGUUGACCCAGAAGAUGCCUCCCAUUUCCUGGAAUGCCUUAGGGCAAAAUGCAGAGGAAUAGAGACUAGCCUAGCUGAAUGUACUUUAGAAAGAAUGAAUAGGAGUAAUGAGAAGGUGGCUAAGGUGGUGUGCCACACUGCACAUAAAGAAUGUUCCUUGGAACAAUUCCGUUGUGUCAAUAGAAAAUGUAUCCCCUCCGAUCAAACAUGCAAUGGAAUCAAUGAAUGUGGAGACUUAAGUGAUGAAGUAUGUUGCAACGCAUGCAAGGGGGUAAGCUUCCACUGUAAUUCAGAUGUGUGUAUUCCAAACAGUUACCUCUGUAACAAUGAAAUGGACUGCCUAACAGGAGAAGACGAGAGUCAUCAGAUGUGUGAUAAGAGAACAGAGGAAAGUGAAAAAGGUGAUACAAGAGCUGAAGACAACAAAAGUGGCAAUAAAAGAGCUGAAGAAAAUGAAAGAGAAGGAACAAGAGAAGCUGAGGAGUCAAUGGAUGAAGAAAGAAAAAAGAUCAAAGCAUUGCUACCCCAACUACACUGUGGCAUUGUAAACCACACAGUUACUCGUCGGAAGCGAAUCCUAGGCGGAAAUACUGCAGGAAAGGAUGAAUUUCCUUGGCAAGUGGCCAUUAGAGGUGAAAGGGGCUCAGUGAACUGCGGUGGAGUUUAUAUUGGGGGUUGUUGGAUUUUGACAGCUGCACACUGUGUUACAGAAAGUCGUGUACAUAUUUAUAAGAUAUGGACUGGAAUGCUCGACUCAAUAGCUAUGGAUACUGCAAUAGAAACAUUUAGUUUAGUUAAGGUGAUAGUCCACGAGAAGUAUAACUCCCAGACAUAUGAAAAUGACAUUGCUUUGCUGGAGAUGAAGCCCAAAGACAAAGCUACCAGCCCAACAUGUUCCCCACCUGACUCUGUGCCAGUAUGUAUCCCCUGGUCUCAAUACAUGUUCAGAGGCAGCCAUCAGUGCAAAGUGUCUGGCUGGGGACUCACUGAAGGCUUCAAAAAGCAAUAUGUCCUUAAAUGGGGCUACAUUUAUUUAAUGGAAAACUGUUCUGAAAUCUACAAGGAGCGUUAUUUUGAAGGAAUGGAGUGUGCCGGUACAGAUGAUGGCUCUGUAGAUUCAUGUAAAGGUGACUCAGGAGGACCCUUAGUCUGUUUUGACUCUAAUGGUGUGGGAUAUCUUUGGGGUAUUGUGAGCUGGGGUGAAAAUUGUGGUGAGAAAGGACACCCUGGGGUUUAUACAAAAAUAGCCAAUUAUUUCAACUGGAUUGGCCGUCACACUGGAAUGAAUCUCAUUUCGCAAUAUAACUUGUGAUUUUUUCUUGGCAAUGGCUAAGUAUGUGCAUAUAGAAUUGCAGCUUUAUGCCUGCUAAAAUCUAUGGCAGGGAUGGGGAAGGAAUUUGUGCCCCUCCAGCUUUUUUGGACUCCAGUUCCCAUCAGGUAAGGGACGAUGGGAGUUAUAGUCCAUCAACAUCUUGAAAGGCCACAGGUUCCCCAUUCCUGAUCUCGGGGGGUUAAAAGUGAUCAACUCUGUCUGGAUUGUGCCCUAGAAGAUAAUCAAUUAAGAGUUGUGAAGUUUUGCAUUUAAUUACUUUUAAAAGUAUGUAGCCUUCUGUAAAACAGUAAUUGCAUUUUUUUGUACUCAUUGUUAUCCAAAUAAAAGUGAUGAAUAAACCAAAGAAA